AUGGAACUGCUGGCCUCCAACCCGGUGUACGGACUUAACCCGAAUAGAACGGAUCCUGAUACUGACGUGCGACCAGUUAGCAUGGAGCCAUAUGCCGUUAAAUAUCAGGAGGAAGAUGCUGCUGAUGAUAAAGACCAUCGACCAAACAGUAUGGAGCCAUACGCCGUCAGAUAUCUGGACAAAGAUGAUGAUGAUCACAAAGAGGAAGACAGUGCUGAGUACCAUUCAUCAGGAGUGAGAACAAGUGGAGUGUACCAAAUCGACCCCCUCCCCGCUGAUGUGGACGCGUACUGUGACAUGGAUACCGCAGGAGACAACUGGACUGUGAUCCAGCGGCGGCAGGACGGGUCGGUUCCCUUCAACCGGAACUGGGAGGAUUACAAACUGGGCUUUGGGAACAAGAACGGGGAGUACUGGCUGGGGAACGAGAACAUCCACCUCCUGACCAAUCAGAAGAACUAUAGCCUGAGGAUUGACCUUUGCGACUGGCAAGGGGAGUCACGCUACGCAGAGUACAGCACCUUCAGGGUGUCCGGUGAGUCGGACGGGUACCGGCUGCACAUUUCCGGGUAUUCAGGCAACGCGGGAGACGCCAUGGCUCACCACGACGGGAUGAUGUUCUCCACUGUGGACAGGGACAAUGAUGCCAGCAGCAGCCAACAUUGUUCUCAGAACUACGGACAGGCCGGCUGGUGGUUUGGGUGCUACAGCCACGCCAACCUUAACGGCCGCUACCUGGGUGACUGUGGAGACUUCUGUACAGCCUGGAAAGGUGUGGUGUGGAACAGAUGGAGAGGCCAUAUCUACUCCCUGAAGUCUGUGUCUAUGAAGAUCAGGUAA